AUGGCAUCCGAUGGCGUGAUUUCCCCUGCACGUGGCGAUGGCGUCUCUCGUGUCAAUUCGACGACGUCUGUCCCUAUGUUUCCUGCAAUUGAGAAGCUGGAAGGCAGCAAGAACUACUUGGCGUGGAAAUUUGCUAUACGUAUGGUCUUAAUACUAGAAGGCUUGUGGGAUUGUGUUACUGCGAAUGUGGUCACAGACGCUGCGCGCGAUCAACGUGCGCUGGCGCGCAUAGCUUUAAGUGUUAAAACGAGCCUUUACCAGCAUAUUCGCAACGCAGCUACUGCUAAAGAAGCGUGGGAUAGCCUUUCGGAUAUAUUUGAAGAUAAGGGACUCUUGCGUCGUGUUUUACUGUUGCGUGAACUACACCGUACACGCUAUACGGAUUUCAACGACAUGAGUAAGUACAUUGACAACACCUUCAACAUAGUGCAACAGCUAGCCGAUAUUGGGCGAAAGAUAGAAGAUGAAGAAAUAGCUGAAUUGUUACUAAGCGGUCUACCUCAGGAAUACGACUCGCUUGUGUCUAAUCUGUCAACGUUCACAUUAACAACAAGAAUUUCUAGUGAAGUAGUGAGAACUCGCCUACUACAAGAAGAUUUGCGGAGAAACAAUUCUAAUUCUCAUAAUAUAUCUGAAGCUGCUUAUAUUUCAAAACGCAAAGUGAAAUGUGACUAUUGUCAUAAAGAAAAUCAUGUGAAAGCAAAAUGUUUUAAGUUAAAGCGUGACAAAAAGUUAAAAAACAGUACUAAUGUAUGUAUGGCAGCUGCAUAUCUCUCUAGGCAUAGACAGGAAGAUUGGUUAAUAGACUCUGGGUGCACUGCACAUAUGUGCAAUAAGAAAGAUUUCUUUGUGUCACUUAAGUCAACCUCAUCAACAGUGUCAGUUGCUAACAAUGAGACUAUGAUAUGUGAAGGUGUCGGGACUGUGAAUAUUCAAUGUAAUCAUAAGGUACUUAUUCUUAAUAAUGUUUUGUAUGUUCCUAAAUUAACAACAAAUUUGAUUUCUGUGAGUAAGUUAUUAGAAUUAGAUCUAAGAGUGGUGUUCAAUUCGGGAGGUUGUUUUAUAUAUGACAGUAAUGAUAAACUUAUCAGUUCUGCUAGGAAUUUAAAUGGGAUAUUUAAAUUGUAUGGGUGUGUUAGAAAUAGUAGGUAUUUGCACAAAAAGGAGCAUUCUUUGUUCCUUCACGAUAAGAAGGACUCCCAGAGUGCCGCAGUUGCAGCUCAUCAGCAGCCAAUGCUAUUAUGGCAUCGAAGGUUGGGCCAUCUCAGCUCUGGAGUGGAGAUUGAUAGUUUUAAUAAUAUUAAUUCCUGUGUUUUCAAAGAUUCGUGGGAUACUGGCAGCGAGCACAACUCCUCUGUCGAGUGUUCGGUGAAUGAUGACGUAGGAGGUGUCUCUGUUACGUCACAACGCGCGACGUUGACUGGAGGGGAAGGUGUGCCUGUAGCUUCACGCCCAAUACGUAGUACACGUUUGGUUCCGCCUAAAAGGUAUGACGACUAUGAUCUGUCUAUGUUUGUAAGGGAUGUUUUGGUCGACGAGCCACAGUCGUAUCGAGAGGCUAUGGAUAGUCCUUACUGCGAUGACUGGAUGCAGGCUAUGAAGCCCCUCACACUAUCACUAUCACUUCCCUAUGUGACAAAGACAAACGUAACGCGACAGAUCGGCGUGCUGACGCGCGUGCUGUGGCGGCGCGUGAUCCUGGACGAGGCGCACGCGGUGCGCAACCACAAGUCGGCGACGUCGGGCGCCGCGGCGGCGCUGGGCGCUCACCGGCACGCCGCUGCACAACAAGGACCUCGACCAGGGACCGUAAAACCCAGGUGUGAGCGAAAUGACAGGGUAAAUGUUGGUGUCAUUCAA